ACAGUUUAAUCUCUUCUUAGGCCAUCCACGUUCGCCUCCUCUCUCGCCGACACGUGUCACUGACGACGAAGUGUUGCGUUUCAUUAAACCAAACGCGUUAUAUUCUGGGCCUCGCUCAAUCUUUCUUUGUUGGGCCUUUUACACUCACAUCCCAAACGAUGUCACGACGUCUCCAGCCCUAAGACACAUUGCUCUCGCGUAACUAUUUUCUGCGCCGUCGACGCGUGACGUCUUCGAUUCCUUCUUCUUCGAUGAAACGGCCGGAGUUAUGUCGUCGUCUUUAUUCCAAUUGCAUUCAAUCCCUCGCUCAUUCAACCCUUCUCUCAGACUCUUCGAUGCGCCCUUUGAUCCCGAGCGGACCUGUAUAAAUAGGUAAGAUCUAUAGAUCUCCAGCGCAUCAUCUCUUUCUUUCUCUUGAGACUUUCUGAUUCCUUUUGCUAUGUCUAUUUCGAGAGUCUUCUUCUCUGACCUAAAGUCCGGCAAAUGCUCUUCCGUCGUCGAGGCCCGGCUCUUACGGUUCUGGGAGGCGAGGAACGUCAAACGCGGUGGCGAGCUGAUGUGGGUCGACAUGCUACUUAUGGACGUGAAUUCGACUUUGAUCCAAGCUACUAUCAAUGCGAAUCGGCUUCCAAGGUUCCGAGAUAGGCUCGCCGCCGGGACGAUGUACUCUGUCUCUGGCUUUGACGUGGCUUGCUGUGCUCAGAACUUCAAGCUUGCGGAUUCUUCUUUGAUGAUCCGGUUUAACGAUUCCACCGAGUUUGACGUGUUAUCUGAUCCGGUCUCGCCAAUACCGGCAGAGGGAUUCCGGUUCCGUAACCAGACCGAGUUGGUUGGUUUAGCCAAUACAAACACUCAGCUUCCAGAUAUUAUUGGUGAAAUCGUGGCGGUGAAGAGCACCGUGUCUGACCCUCCUGAGGACAAGAACCGUGUCAUGGUCACCGUCAAAUUAGAAAAUGAUGUGUCUGUCACUCUUAGUCUGUUUGAUGCUCAAGCCGUUUUAUUCCACCAGAAGCUUGGAGGCAUGCGUGAUGAUCCUAAAGUGAUUGUUGCCACAAGCAUCAACCCGAAGAUGGUUGGAGGUCGUUUAUUCCUCAACGCGACGUCAGGAACACAUAUUUAUUAUGAUAAGGAGACACAUGCAGGAGAGUCUUUAUUUUACCGAUUGGUGGCUAGAGACACUGGUCUUCCGUCUGCCGCACCUCUCUUGAAGUCUUAUGCGAAGGUUGAGCCUGUGACAAUUGCAGAGCUUAACCAUUUUAUCACUACAGAUCCGCCUCAGCAGCAGGAAAUAGAUUUCUUAUGCACUGCGAGAGUUUCUCGAGUUGAAGCGGACAAAGGGUGGUGCUAUGUUGCGUGUUCUAAGUGCAGCAAGAAAUUGCAACGCACUGCCACUUCUUACGAAUGUGCACGCUGUAAUAACCCUCAUGUUGUCGGAUCUUUACGUUAUCGCGUUGAGAUGGUUGUAACUGAUGAUACUGCGGAAGGGACAUUUGUUUGCUUUGAUGGUGUUAUGACUAAGUUGCAUAAUCUCAGGGCAAGUGAGGCGGUCCAGUUACUGGCUGAAGAAGGAGUGAACCCUGAGGAUUCCGUGAUGCCUCCGUUCGUUGCAGGAAUGGAAGGCAAGACCUACACUUUCCAAGUCCGUGUCACGCCCUACAACUUCACCGUCAACCACCAGACGUUCACCGUGUCGCGUAUCAUCAAUGAGGUUGAACGUGCACCAGCUCCAGAAUUUGUCGAUGAUGAAGGUGAUGACAAUGAUGAUGAUGAUGCGCCAGACGGGCCUAACAACCGUGAGGAGUCUGGUUCCGGCAAGGGCAAUUGUGAGUCAUCAAAGAGGGCUGGAAAGGAGCCAGUCGGUAAUGUGCGUAAGAGGGCGCGUAUUGCUUAAGAUGGAUCUUCGAUAAUCAUCUCUCAAUAUUCUGCAGCUUAAUAAUGUUUCUGCAUUCUACUUUAUUCUCAUCUCUACUCUAUCUAUGUUAUGGAUUUUCUACAUUCACGUUGUUUUUUUUUUUUUUUUUUCAAACUCUCUACUUUAUGGUUGUUAUGGAUGCUUUUUAUAUUGA